AUGUCACUUUACGAAGCAGCCGAUGGUAUUCUGGAGACCCAUGUCACUUGGGAAGACGUCGAGAAGUCUAUGCAGCAGUCUUUGGGGACACAUGCAAAGUUUGGAGAGAAUAGGAAAGUGACUAAUAUUAGUGAUAUGAAGGGAUUCAUGUCUCGAAUCGCCAUGGUAGAGCCGGAUUGGAUCAACGUGGAAGAGGGGAAAACUCUUCCGCACAAGUUUGCGGUGAAGAUCUCCACUCAAAUUGCUCUUCUAGCCCUUUCCAAGGUGCUCAUGUUCGAUGGAGAAGGAGGAUUCGGAGAGGAGAAAUUGAAGAAACUGGGAGUGGUGACAAGAGAGUGUCAUAAUCGGGAAGUGGAUAGUUAUAAGCUUCUGAAGAGAUUCAACCAUCCGGAUAUUCCGUAUUUGAAGGUCUACGCCAUGAAGAAAUUCUCCGAUGAGCACGAUCUCAAAGGAUUCCUGAUAAUGGAAUUCGUACCAAAUAUCUAUUCUCCUGGUAUGCAUGUCCCUAUUCCAGCAGAUGAACUUGUAACACUAAUCCGUGGAAUCUCUACAUUCUCGGCACUCAGUGAAUCCUUGUCCCCCGAAGAGAAAAAGUUCGCAGGAGGAUCCGACUACCUGGAGAGAAUGUUUAAGGAAGUAUUCACAAGCGAUAGUCUCAAAACUCAUUUUAGUAAGAUGUACGCGGUGUUCGGAGAGGAAAAGCAUAAGCAAGUUGACAAAUUGGUUGACACAUUUAUACAUUAUGAAUCUCUUCUAAAAAAGUAUUCCGAGAUUUCCGAGUUGUUAGGCCACAAGCUUGUCUUUAACCAUGGUGACUUGUGGCAAUCAAACAUGAUUCAUACAAAGGAUGAGGAUGGGAAAAUGAAGUUGGUUGCAAUGAUCGAUUGGCAGAGUACAUCAAUACUUCCACCUGGUUUGGACACUUCCAGGCUUAUGAUGGGGUGUCUUUCGACGGAGGACCGCCGUGAAAAAGGACCGGAACUCUUGAGACUCUACCAUCAGACGUUCACAGAGGUCCAUGGCCAAGAGCUUUUCUCAUUCGAAGAACUACAAGACUCGUAUAAUCUUCACUUUCCAAUGGCUGCAAUGCUAAUUAUCCCUGGUUCGAUAUCCUUCAUGGCAAACGGAGAAAUGACUGAAAAUGAGAAAGAGGAGACAUUACAGAAGGUCAUUGCACUUAUGGAGGAUGUACUAGAAGUUCAUGAGUUGAAUUUGAAAAAAUUCCCCGAUUUUAUGAGAGUUUAA